AUGGCUAUCAAGAAGGGCGAAGUUGCGUUCAUCACCGGUGCUGCCUCUGGUCACGGCCGCGUCGUGAUUGUCGACCUGAACGAGGAUGCAGGUAAAGCCUACGCCGAGGAGCUCAACAAAAAGGCGGGAUCGGCCGUUGCCAUCUCUGCCAAAGCAGAUACGACAAAGUUCGAGGAACAGCUCGCUGCGUACGAGCUCGCGAAGGAGAAGUUCGGUCGGAUCGACUAUGUCUUCGCCAAUGCCGGCAUUGCCGAACUCCCCUGGCUCACACCCGGCCCCGCUCGCUCCGUCUCCGACGCCCUCUCCCAACCCAUAACCCCACCCAACCUCGCUACCGUCAAUAUCGACCUCAUCGGUCAACUGAACACCGCUGCGCUCGCUCUUCAGAUCUUCGAGCGCCAGGAAAAGAAUGAGCUCGGGUUGAGGGGCAAGUUGAUCCUCACUGCAAGUGUGUUUGGGUAUUAUCCAUGCGCGAGCAUGCCGAUGUACGCGACGGCGAAGGCGGGGAUCGUUAAUUUCAUGAGGAGCGCUGCGGUAUUCUUUAAGGCAAGGGACGUUACGGUCAACUGCAGUAUGUGCUACAUUCCCCCUCUUUCUCUCAGAAGUGGGCAGUGA